UGCUUUAAUCUCAGGCCCGUGUCACAAUACAAACAAAUCACUUUGUGCACGGCGCUCCUCAGAUUGUCCUAAUUAAGAGCUGUCUAAUUAAAUUACAGACUUGAGUUAACCAAUGGCAGCACUUGUUUCAUUAGCAACGCGCGCAGAGUGAUGGAGAGAAAAUCCACCCUGAUUGCAGGAUGGUGUCAAUUGGCUAAUUUACCGCCUUCCUUGCUUCAAGUCAUCUCAAAGGCGCACUUGGUGGUGUUAGACUGGGGGAAGAGGCGUGUGCAGAAGCUGGUGAUAUAGGUUGAGGUAAUAGUUGCUUCCUAUUGAGCUAUGCAGGUCGAGAAUUGCAUCUCGCUGCCGAGUGAACUCUCAAAGAAAUUUAUGAAUGUGGGCAGUGGCUUUGCGAGCUCCAAUGGAUCCGAGGAGCUCUCGUUGCAGGACCAUCCUAUUAUAUCCGCAAGUGACAACCUGGAGAGAAGUUCACCUCUGAAAAAAAACUCCAGGGAGAUGACGAAUCAGUCAGAGGCAGACAAUUUUCCCGACUCCAAGGACGCAUCAGGGGACGUCCAGAGGGGCAAACUCUCUCCUGAUCUUCACGGAGUCUCUGACAUCCGUCAUAAUUUCGAUGGAUCUGCAGGAGAAAGGUGCAUCUUUUCUCCGUCUUCUCAGCCGCAGUCCGUUUCAGCAGCAGCUCCCAGUGCGAUGUUCCCUUACCCGAGCCAGCAUGGACCCGCGCACCCGGCGUUUUCCAUCGGAAGUCCCAGCCGGUACAUGGCCCAUCACCCGGUCAUAACUAAUGGAGCAUACAACAGCCUUUUAACCAACACUUCUCCUCAAGCCUACCCGGCAGCAGGUUACCCUUACGCGCAACAAUAUGGACACGCAUACCAAGGAGGGGCUUUUUACCAGUUCUCCUCGGCGCAAGCGGGACUGGUUCCGGGGAAGGCGCAGGUGUAUUUGUGCAACAGGGCCCUGUGGUUGAAGUUCCACAGGCACCAAACUGAGAUGAUCAUCACAAAACAAGGACGACGAAUGUUUCCAUUUUUAAGCUUCAACAUUUCUGGCCUCGACCCAACCGCUCACUACAAUAUAUUUGUGGAUGUAAUCCUCGCUGAUCCAAAUCACUGGAGGUUUCAAGGCGGAAAGUGGGUGCCAUGUGGAAAAGCGGACACGAACGUGAUAGGUAAUAGAGUUUACAUGCACCCCGACUCACCCAACACCGGUGCGCACUGGAUGCGUCAAGAAAUCUCCUUUGGAAAAUUAAAGCUCACCAACAACAAAGGCGCUUCCAACAACACAGGACAGAUGGUGGUCCUCCAGUCCCUCCACAAGUACCAGCCCAGGCUCCAUGUGGUGGAAGUAAACGAGGAUGGGACGGAGGACACCAGCCAACCAGGAAGAGUCCAGACGUUCACCUUCACAGAGACGCAGUUCAUCGCUGUUACCGCGUACCAGAACACUGAUAUCACGCAGCUGAAAAUCGAUCACAACCCGUUUGCAAAAGGAUUUCGGGACAAUUACGACACUGUCUACACAGGCUGCGACAUUGACCGCCUAACUCCAUCACCGGGUGACUCUCCGCGUUCACAGAUCGUGCCGGGUGCGAGAUAUGCCAUGCCUAGCUCCUUCCUGCAGGACCAAUUUGUCAGCACUUAUGCCAAAUCUCGCUUUCACCCUGGCGUGGGGACUGGUCCUGGCACGGAGCGCAGCGUCCCACUCGGCAACAGCUUGCUAUCCCCGCAGCAAACCGAGGAGCCCACUGUUGCCACCCCCCCGCAGCGAUGGUUUGUCACCCCUGCCAACAACCGACUGGACUUUGCAGCCUCGGCAUACGACGCUGCGGAUUUCGCCGGUAACGCGGCCACCUUGCUGUCCUACGCAGCGGCCGGAGUGAAGGCUCUUCCCCUGUCGACAGCGGGCUGCUCCAACCGGCCUCUUGGCUAUUACGCAGACCCGUCUGGCUGGGGAGGACGCACGCCGCCGCAGUACUGUGGCGUAAACAGCAAACCCAGCUCGGUCUUUUCCUGCUGGCCCGCCAACUCCCUCGGUGGCAGAGCCGCCACCAACUACCUGUCGGAGGAGGGGGACUCCAUCGCCACGGAAAGGUCACCGAUCGGUGGCUCGGAAGAGACCAAACCCAAAGACAUCACCUCAGAGUCCAGCUGGAUAGAGACGCCGUCGUCGAUCAAGUCAAUCGAUUCGAGCGACUCUGGGAUCUUUGAACAGGCAAAACGGAGAAGAAUCUCACCGUCUGCCACGCCGGUUUCAGAGUCCGUGUCCCCGUUAAAAACGGAGCUGUUGGCACCGAGAGAGUGCGAGAAAAACUGCACGAAGGACAUUGGUUAUUACAGCUUCUACUCCCACAGUUAGAGAACAAACCCCUCUAUCUAUCUAUCUAUCUAUCUAUCUAUCUAUCUAUCUAUCUAUCUAUCUAUCUAUCUAUCUAUCUAUCUAUCUAUCUAUCUAUCUAUCUAUCUAUCUAUCUAUCUAUCUAUCUAUCUAUCUAUCUAUCUAUCUAUCUAUCUAUCUAUCUAUCUAUCAUCAAUCUAUCUGGACAGUCACAUCCUUGAAGGCCAAACUGUAAAAUCUCUCCUCACCGCUGAACCACUGUAAUUAUUAACAUAUUGUAAAUAUUUCCGGACACGUGAUGGUGAUUAAAUGUACAAAAAUAGGUUUAAAAACGGGGCCACCCAAUUUUCUUCUGUUCAGUAGCCUCAUCUGUUGGUAACUUCAUUUGGGAUUCUGUACAUGACAAGGACUUGUGUAGCAAAAACAAUAAUGAUGAUGAUAAUAAUAAUAAUAAUAAUAACAACAACAAUAAUACUAUUACUACUACUAAUGAUAAUAAUAUGAAUCUCUGUCAGUGAAAAAAAUAUGUAUUUUGUACUUUAUCAAAUCUUUAGGCUACUAAAAGUUUAAAAGCAAAAAAUGUGUCGUAAAAAGUUAUAAAUGUCGUAGAUUUAGGAGCUUUUCUUUUAUUUCUUUUGAGUUUUUUUAAUAGUGUCUUGUGAAAAUCUUUGUAUUUGCUGUAAUGUGACUGAAACAUAAUAAAUAAUGCUGUCAUGA